UGGAUGUUAAGUACACUGUGAUAUUUAUUUGCUGUCGUCAGGACACACCUGGGACCUGGUUCAGUGACAGUUAGAGAGUGGUAAGUCUACGGGAGAUUAGGCGGUUACAGUGUGACUGGGAUUUAACAUUCCGUUUGUAGAAAACGUACCGUGUUUUAACAGCUCCACAAACAAUAGACCUAUGCAUGACAGCCCUAGAGAAGAUGUAUAGUUUAAAAAGCCUGAUAUUCGCCAUCAUUUUGGUAUACACACCGGCCGCAGAAAGUGGAGUUCCGGUAUGUAGUCCGUCUGUUGGUUUUAGUAGUGUGGCAGAGAGUUCUACAAACGGACAAUCAGUUUACCAACUGACCUGCACUGACCCUGAUCCUACUCACACUACCCUCAACUAUGCCUUUAACACUACCGAUGGUGGAAACACCGCUGGCUAUUUUGCAGUUGAUCCGGCAACCGGUCAAAUAACUGUAGCGUCGUCCACUCUAGACGCAGAAAACAUAAUAAGCGGGAACUAUUCUACACCCUACAUUCUGGUGAUAUCAGUAGAUGACCUCAACUCUAACGUCACUUAUGUAACCGUGGUAGUCAGUGUUACAUCCACCAAUGACAAUUCCCCAACAAUAACUGGACUAUCAUCACCUGUACCUUUACCGGAGGACACGGCCCUCGGCACUGUUGUAGCCACCUGUACUCUAGCAGACUUGGAUCUACCUGGAUCUGGAGAUGAGCUCACGUCUGUAAAGAUUUCAUCUGGCGACGGUGGUAAGUUUAAAAUGGAUGAGCCGAACUGUGCCAUUAUACUGGUGGAUAGCCUGGAUUAUGACACCACACCAACGUACACCCUAACUGUUGAAGCUUACAACACAGGAGAUACGUCAAAAACAGCAACACAAAAUGUCAUUAUCAACGUCGGUGAAGUCAAUGAGUUUUUUCCUGACUGUCAAGUGGACACACUUGUCGCCUAUUUUAAAGAAGAUGCUCAAUUAAAUGAUCUUCUGGCAACUCUUACAUGUAAUGACAAAGAUAGUUCUGGCAAUAUAUUAACAUACACUACAGCGGAUACCAACUUCAAUGUAGACAGCACCGGUAAAAUCACUUUGAAAGCACUUCAGGACUAUGAAUCAUCGACUAAAUCCCUUUCUUCAACGAUUCUUGUUUCCGAUUCCGGUUCUCCAUCAAGAACGACAACUGUAACAACAAGUUUCUUUAUACUUGAUGUGGACGAUGAAAAACCGGUAUUUUCCGCAGCAAGUUAUCCAAUCAGUAUAGAUGAGACUCUUGCCAUCGGGUCGUCCGUUAUCCAAGUGACCGCCACUGACGCUGACGCCCCAAACUCUGACAACUCUAAGAUUACAUUCGCUGCUACAUGCACACCUGACUGGGUCAAGAUAGACAAGUACACAGGUCUAGUGGUCGUGUCGAAAACCAUGAGCUACACGACUGCCCCGACGGUCACGUGUACCCUUACAGCCCACUCCUCCACCCUCACGGCUUCUACAAGCACCUCUACCCUGACCAUCAACCUGAGGGACGUCAACGAUGGGCCACCAGCUUUUAAUCAGUCUAUAUACACUGGCUCCAUCCUAGAGGAAACAGCUACAGGUACCUCAGUUCUCCAAGUCUUCGCCUCUGACACGGACACCCCAGUCACUUUCUACAUGACAACAGGUGAUCCGUUCAUCAUAAACCCGACGACUGGAGUUGUGUCAGUCAACAAGAAAAUUGACUACGACCUUGCCACAACGGAUUGGUCGUAUUUGAGGGACGUGACGGCUGUGGAUAACGGGUACCCGGCCAAGACGUCAACGACCUUCGUCAACAUCAAAAUCCUGCCAGUCAAUGAAUUCACACCAACGUUUGCUUCCAACCCAACAGAAUCUGUUUCUGAGAACAGUACACCAGGGACGUCUGUCAUAAAAGUGACAGCAACUGACGGAGACCGCGGCAAUGACGGUGUUCUAUCAUAUUCACUUCAAGACAGCACUGUGCCCUUUGUAAUAGAGAGCACAACGGGAAUAAUGCGAGUUGGUAUCGGUCUGGAUGCGGAUGUUAAAGACUACUACACGGUCAUCGUACUUGCAGAAGACCAAUCAGACACGACGAAACGGACCGGAAGUUGUACGGUGACCAUCAACGUAAAAGACGAGAACGAUAAUCAGCCCGUGUGUGACCCCAUCGCUCCCUUUCUCAUCACACCCAGCACUAACGUGACCAAUUUCUUAUGGCAGUUUUCCUGCUCAGAUAAAGACGUGUCAGUCAAUGGUCUACAAUACACUCUGGUCUCUGGAGACACUUACAAUCUCUUUGAGGUCGACUCAACUAAAGGGUGGGUCAGGUUAAGGUCGUCUGGUCCAUUCCAGGCAGGGGAUUACACGUUAGUGUUUACCGUGUCGGAUGGUCUAUCACCCGCAAGAACAACAACAAUAGCAGUAAAAGUAAAAAUUAGCCAGACCCUGGUCUUUACUGGUCUACCAAAAGUUGUACAGGUCUACGAAAACACAAAUGUAUCGGAAAUCAUAAUGACAGCUUCAGCCUCAGGGACCUACGAGUUAAUCUCAUAUUCAAUUCAGAGCGGCGAUUUACUAUAUUUCAACAUUCACCAAACUCAGGGCACCAUCAGACUUGUCAAGUCACUUGACAGAGAAACGUCCCCUACGUCAUACACUCUUGUACUGAAAGCAUCGACUGCCUUAGGUCUUGUAACUUCUGGAACUGUCACGAUAUCAGUAUUGGACUGUAACGAUAAUGCUCCAAAGUUCGGCAACAGCUACUACAAUGGUGCUAUUUUUGAAGGCCCAGAUGGACUAGCUACAACCUACACCAUCACAGCUACAGAUCCAGACAGUGGUAACAAUGCAACUAUAGAUUAUUCCAUCCUAUCUGGAAACACAGGAAAUGUCUUUAAAUACUCCAACACAGGCGUUCUCUCAUUGGCUAGUGUGUUGGACUACGAGACGACACAAUUCUACACACUAGUUCUGUGUGCCACAGAUCGCGGCACUCCAAACAAACUCAGCAGCACUACCCUCGUCUUUAUAAGAGUGGACGAUAAGAACGAACAGAAUCCAAUCUUGAUCAGCCCAGGUGGAACUGUGAACAUCACUUUACCUGAAGACACGGCUACCGGUGCUAACGUCUUUAACAUCACCGCCAGCGAUAAAGAUUUCGGUACACAGUUGACCUACUACAUCACCAGUCAGUCAAAUACAGAUCAGUUUUCUGUCAAUGAAAGGCUAGGUGGGAUUUACUUAAACUAUCCCAUGGACCGCGAGAGUUAUCAGUCACUGACCUUGGUAGUUAAGGUAAACAAUACCAAUAAUCAAACUAACACAACAACCAUCGGCAUUACAGUUUCAGACGUCAAUGACAAUGAUCCGGUAUUUAGUCCAGCAAUGUAUGCAGUCAAUACAAAACACGGUACUGCUUCAGGUGCGUCUAUAGCUACACUUACAGUAACAGACACUGACAAUGGCGCUAACAGCACCAUGACGUUAAAUAUCACAUCAGGAAACACAAACAACGCCUUCAAAUUUGUAGGAAAAGUUUUGACAUCAAAUAUCCUUCUAGACGCAAACACCAACUCACUUUAUAUUCUUGAAGUAAUGGCAGCUGACCAUGGAACCCCACCUCGCUACUCUACAGCUUUAGUCACAGUGACCAUAGACCCAGAGUUCAAACAGCCCCUUUUUAACCCAACAUCAGACUCUAUCUCUGUUUUAGAAACUAAAACUGCAGGAGAUUUAAUAUACAACAUGGACGCGACAGCUAACGGAGCAAAAGAACAUGCAAGUGGUGAUUUGCUUUAUUCCAUAAAGUCUGGCAACUCUCAGAAUAAAUUUUACAUCGAGCCAUUGGGUGGAGAACUACAACUAAUCGAACCUUUAAGCUACGCUAACACAAGCUCAUACACACUAGUUGUACUAGCACAAAACAUUCUCAAUAACUCACUAACCAGUACGUUCACCUUAAAUAUAACCGUCACACAGGUCAACUUGUAUGAUCCUGUUUUCUCGAACACUAUCUAUUCCUGGUCAGUCAACGAAACGGCAAAAACUGGAACAAUCGUUGGACAAGUCACUGCGACAGAUAAGGAUGUUGGUCAGUUUGGAAAGUUGACAUACUCAAUGGAGUCAGGCGCGCCUUUUACUAUCAACUCAACAACAGGUGUGAUAUCGUUGACUGGCUCCCUAGAAUAUUCGACAGCAAAGAGCUACAACUUUUACGUUAAGGCGGUAGAUAAUGCAGGGGCCAGUAGUCGAUCAUCGACUAGUGUGGUCGUAAUAAGCGUCACUGAUUUCAACAACAACUCGCCUGUAUUUACAAGUAGCGUGUACAACGUAGGAGUUCCCGAAACAUUUCCUUUGGCGGAGACUUUCUUCUACGUCUUGGCUACAGAUUUGGACUCUGGAACAUUUGGUGAAGUGACGUACGCUAUUACUAAUAACAGUUUUGGGAUUUUCCAGAUAGCGAAAUCCACAGGUGAACUUUCAUUGAACAAAAGUCUGGACUACGAGUCCAACAGAACUCACGUCAUCAUUGUAACUGCGUCAGAUGGGUCCAACACAGCCUCAGCAACCGCCACUGUGACCGUCAAAGAUGAGAACGAUAACACACCAAAUUUGGGUUUCACCAGAGUUGACCUCGAGAUUUUCUCAAACAUUGUAGUAGGGACAUUGCUGUAUGAUGUCAACACUACAGAUAGAGAUGUUGGUGUUAACGGCGACUUGAAUUACAUCAUACAAAGCGGAAAUGACGACGGUCUUUUUAAUGUGGACAUUUCAAAUGGAAAAGUAAAAACGACAAAAUCGUUUGAAUCGACCAGCGGGUUUUAUACGCUUGUCAUCGCUGCGAUCGACCAAGGUAUUCCACCACUUUCCGGUACUGCUACUAUCGGUAUCACCGUCAACCCUGUAUCUCAGGCACCUUCUGGAGACUAUUCAUUUAGUGUGAAGGAGAAUCAGCCUAUAGGAACCGUAGUAGACACUAUACCACCUGAGAGAAAUUGGACUGGGGACAUUUUUACCAUAAUAGGUGGAAACUUUAACCAGACGUUUAGUCUGACCACUGGGGGUAUGCUGACCACCAACAAAGUGCUGGACAGGGAGACGUACGCAUACUAUGUCUUGCUGGUCUCCGUUCAACGUUACGACAAUACGUACGUCACCAAGCAAGUGAUUGUCAAAGUGGAGGACGUCAACGACAACUACCCCACGUUCAAUAAAUCCACGUUGACGUUCACAACUGUAGAAAACGUUCCUGUUGGUCAAUUCAUUGGUCAGCUGACGGUCACCGACGCUGAUGAAGUCAACAACGCCAACAGCCAAUUCACAUUGGCCAUAGCCAGUACGCUGGGCAGCUCGUAUUUUGCCAUGGACUCGACGGGGAAGAUAUCUGUGAAAAAACAGUUCAGCUACGAGGUGUUCCCUACCUUUACGUUGUACGUGACGGCAGUUGAUGGUGGCAGCCCCAAGCUGACGUCCACGGCGACUGUGGUCAUCAAAGUGACCAAUGUAGAUGAAACGAUCAAAGUUAUAUCAUUCAACACGACAAGCUUCAUCUCCCGGGAAUUCCCACACGACGCUGCGUCUGGUGACGUGGUCUGUACACUGACCACGGCAGAUUUCGGCCUUGACACGUCGGUAACCAGGAAGAACGAGUUCACUUCUGUCGGCACUAACGUCUUCAAUAUCUCCAAGACGACAGGUGUUAUGACCGUGAACCUGAAGGACAAAAUCCUCGAGAACGCCCGCUACACCCAGUGGGUCGUCUUGACCACCACGACAUCCGCUGGCACCGAGUCCCGUGUGGGCGUGGUCAGGCUGGACACCUUCAACAAAGACAAGCACCUGGUUGCCGUCGUUGUCAGCGAGACGGAAGCGACGCUGGAGACCAAAAGAGCUAAUUUGACGACACAGCUACAGCAAGCUUUCGUUAGUCCUAACGCCAUAAAAAUCUGGGACAUCCAGACACCUACUACAGCAGCAACACGAAGACGACUUUUGGCUACAGAAUCGGUGGCGCUGGCCGUUGUCUUAGCCGACUCAUCCAUUGACGACAUUGCUAACGUGGACAAAUCUAAGACAUUCCUAACCCAAACAGCUGCUUUAAAGCAACUGCAAAAAUCAGCCGACGGGACCCCCGCCUCCGCCGCCACUGGCACGAUUCCCGUGUCCAAAGUCUUGCCCUACACAGACAACGUCACAGACUCGAGUCUCAGCACCUCCAUGAUCAUCCUCAUCGUGUUCGCUUGUCUGGCAGCUCUCGUGCUCAUUGCUGUCAUCGUUGGUGUACUCGUCUACUGCUGCUACUGUCGUAGGAAAAGGGACGAAGACAGGAAACAAUUGGGCCCUACGUCAACUUCAACAACCAAACUCAUUCGUGACGUUCAUUCAGCCGAGUCUAUCCGCGACCCACUCAUGCAUGUGAAACAUCCUUACACUAGCACGGAAGUGAUGUCAUCGACGUACUUCACACAUAACGACAGUAGUUACGUCAGGAGGAACAUGGACAGUUCCAGUAACUAUUACAAUGACUCAUUGAUCAGAUCAGACGCCAAUCUCCGGGACAGGCUCCAGGACAUGGACACUGACCUGGACGGGGCCCCCUCCAGAGUCGCCACAGCCACCUACAUAUCCUCCACCCUAAGCCCCAUUGUUCCACCGGAAGAGCCUGAGGUCAAGCCAUCGGAAAAACUGCAUAAACUUGAGGAAAUUCCCGAAGUGGAGCAUGAAGAAAAGGGAAAUUCCAAAGAAGUCGACAGGCUUUCAAAAGUUGAGGAGAUUUCUGAAGUUGAUUUAGAUGAUAAGGAAAAUACCAAUAGCGGAACUCCCAAAUGCAGUCAAACCAUCCACUUCAUCAACGUUACCGAGAAUACGCUGCCUAUCACACCACUAUACGACCUGAACUGUACCGAUCCUGACGGAGGCAACAUCAGCUACUCCUUCAGCCUCACAAGUUAUCGAGACACCGCGGGUUAUUUUAAUAUCGAUCCCAGCACAGGUGAACUAUGGGUCACCCAAAAACUGGAUGCGGAACUUCAAGUUAACGGGAGUUACUCUACGCCGUACAUUUUGAUCGUUGACGUAGAUGACGGUAACGCAAACGUCACUGACGUCACAGUGGUGGUCAGCGUGCUGUCCGUUGACGACAACCCCCCGAGCAUCACUGACCUGUCACCGUACAGGACGGACGUCCCAGAGGACACGCCGCUUGGCACCGUGGUGGCGAGAUGCGGGGUGACGGACCUAGAUUUACCUGGGUCGGGUGACGAGGUAACAUACGUCAGGAUUGUAGGCGGCAAUGAUGAGCAAAAGUUCACUAUAGACAGCCAAAAGUGCGAGGUUAUUUUAAUUGAUGAACUGGACUACGAGAACAACAAGUCGUACACGCUCAGACUUGAAGCCUACAACCCGGACACUGAUAACAAAACCACCUUAGAUGUAACUAUUAACAUCAGUGACGUCAAUGACAAUUCACCUGUCUGUAACAUGCACACAAUCGCCUCCAGUUUCCUUGAGAGUGAGCCACCAGGUAAACCUCUGGCCAAACUUUCAUGCACGGAUAACGACUCAACUGGCAAUAGCCUUACUUACACCAUUGCAACAGCCAACUCCAGUCUUAACAUAACCUCUACUGGUGAAGUGACCUUGAACAUCCAGCAGGACUACGAGCAGACGAGAAAUAUACCAGCCACAAUAAAAGUAACAGAUUCGGGAUCACCCGCCCGCACGACAACUGUUUCAGCAAUCUUUUUUAUUCUAGACGUGGACGAUAAUAUCCCAGUGUUCAAAGCUAAUCUUUCAACAAGUCUAGUGGUCGUCUCGGCCCAAAUGGACUACACUUCAUCAGCCUCUGUCAACUGUACUGUGGAGGCGUAUUCUUCUGACCAGACAACCAACACCAGCACCGCGCCACUGACCAUCAAUCUGAUCGACGUCAACGACGGGCCUCCCGUAUUUAACAUGUCUCUUUACGAAGGCUCAGUCCGAGAGAACGCCACCAAACCCACAACAGUUCUCAGAGUUGAAACAAAUGAACCUGUCACUUUUUACAUGAACUACGGCCACUACUUCAGAAUCGACCCCAACUCUGGAGAUGUAUCGGUCAACGGGAAGCUGGACUAUGAGACAGAUACGUCAUACUUAUUAGAAGUUAAUGCAGUAGAUAAACAAGACCCAACCAUGACGUCAACAGCUUAUGUUUACAUCAGUGUUCUGCCUUCUAAUGAGUUCACGCCCACAUGUCAAACAAAUAUGAUUGCGUAUAUUAGUGAAUCAAGUAUUCCAGGCACGUUUGUCACAAGAGUCUCCGCCUCUGACGGUGACGAUGGCAAUGACGGUCACGUCUUGUACUCACUGCUGAACAUCACAGAACCUUUUCUUAUUGAUCGAGUAACGGGAAAUCUGACUACUGGUAUCGGUCUGGAUGCGGAAGUUCGGAACUACUACACGGUUAUCGUACUUGCAGAAGACCAAUCAGACACGACAAAACUGACCGGAAGUUGUACGGUGACCAUCAACGUAAAAGACGAGAACGAUAAUCAGCCCGUGUGUGACCCCAUCGCUCCCUUUCUCAUCACACCCAGCACUGACGUCACUAAUUUCUUAUGGAAGUUUUCCUGCACGGAUAGAGACGUGUCAGCCAAUGGCCUACAAUACACGUUAGUUUCUGGAGACACCUAUAAUCUCUUUGAGGUCGACUCAGCUCAACAGUCGGUCAGGUUGAAGUCGUCUGGUCCAUUCCAGGUUGGGGAUUACACGUUAGUGUUUAGCGUGUCGGAUGGUCAAACACCCGCAAGAACAACAACAAUAGCAGUAGAAGUAAAAAUUAGCCAGACCCUAGUCUUUACUGGUCUAUCAAAAGUAGUACAGGUCUACGAAAACACAAAUGUAUCGGACAUUAUAAUGACAGCUUCAGCUUCAGGGACCUACGAGUUAAUAUCAUAUUCAAUUCUGAGCGGCAACGAAUUACUUUUCUUCAACAUUCACCAAACUCAGGGCACCAUCAGACUUGUCAAGUCCCUUGACAGAGAAACUACCUAUACGUCAUACACUCUUGUAUUGAAAGCAUCGACUGCCUCAGGUCUUGUAACUUCUGGAACUGUAACUGUAUCAGUAUUGGACUGUAACGAUAAUGCUCCAAAGUUCGGUAACAGCUACUACAAUUAUGCUAUCUUUGAAGGCACAGCUGGAUUAGCUACAUCCUAUCCCAUCACAGCUACAGAUCCAGACAGUGGUAACAAUGCAACUAUAGAUUAUUCUAUCCUAUCUGGAAACACAGGAAAUGUCUUUAAAUACAACUCCAACACAGGCAUUCUCUCAUUGGCUAGUGUGUUGGACUACGAGACGACACAAUCCUACACACUAGUUCUGUGUGCUACAGAUCGCGGCACGCCAAAUAAACUAAGCAGCACUACCCUCGUCUUUAUAACAGUGAAAGAUGUGAGCGAGCAGAAUCCAAUAUUAAUCAGUCCAGGUGGAACUGUGAAUAUCACUUUACCUGAAGACACGGCUGCGGGUGCUAACGUCUUUAACAUCACCGCCAGCGACAAAGAUUUCGGUACACAGUUGACCUACUACAUCACCAGUCAGUCAAAUACAGAUCAGUUUUCUGUCAAUGAAAGGCUAGGUGGGAUUUACUUAAACUAUCCAAUGGACCGCGAGAGUUAUCAGUCACUGACCUUGGUAGUUAAGGUAAACAAUACCAAUAAUCAAACAAAUACAACAACCAUCGGCAUUACAGUUUCAGACGUCAAUGACAAUGAUCCGGUAUUUAGUCCAGCAAUUUAUGCAGUCAAUACAAAACACGGCACUGCUUCAGGUGCGUCUAUAGUUACACUUACAGUAACAGACACUGACAAUGGCGCCAACAGCACCUUGACUUUAAAUAUCACAUCAGGAAACAUAAACAACGCCUUCAAGUUUGUAGGAAAAGUUUUGACAUCAAAUAUCCUUCUAGACGCAAACACCAACUCACUUUAUAUUCUUGAAGUAAUGGCAGCUGACCAUGGAACCCCACCUCGCUACUCUACAGCUUUAGUCACAGUGACCAUAGACCCAGAGUUCAAACAGCCCCUUUUUAACCCAACAUCAGCCUCUAUUUCUGUGUUAGAAACGACAACAGCAGGAGAUUUAAUAUACAACAUGGACGCGACAGCUAACGGAGCAAAAGAACAUGCCGGGGGUGAUUUGCUUUAUUCAAUAAAGUCCGGCAACUCUCAAAAUAAAUUUUACAUCGAGCCAUUGGGUGGAGAACUACAACUAAUCGAACCUUUAAGCUACGCUAACACAAGCUCAUACACACUAGUUGUACUAGCACAAAACAUUCUCAAUAAUUCACUAACCAGUACGUUCAACUUAACUAUAACCGUCACACAGGUCAAUUUGUACGACCCUGUUUUCUCACAAACUAUCUACUCCUGGUCAGUCAACGAAACGGCAAAAACUGGAACAAUCGUUGGACAAGUCACAGCAACAGACAAGGAUGUUGGUCAGUUUGGAAAGUUGACAUACUCAAUUGAGUCAGGCGCGCCUUUUACUAUCAGCUCAACAACAGGUGUGAUAUCGUUGACUGGCUCUCUGGAAUAUUCGACAGCAAAGAGCUACAACUUUUACGUUAAGGCGGUAGAUAAUGCAGGGGCCAGUAGUCGAUCAUCGACCAGUGUGGUCGUUAUAAGCGUCACUGAUUUCAACAACAACUCGCCUAUAUUUACAAGUAGCGUUUACAACGUAGCAGUUCCCGAAACAUUUCCUUUGGCGGAGACUUUCUUCUACGUCCUGGCUACAGAUUUGGACUCUGGAACAUUUGGUGAGGUGACGUACGCUAUUGCUACUAACAGUUUUGGGAUUUUCCAGAUAGCGAAAUCCACAGGUGAACUUUCAUUGAACAAAAGUUUGGACUACGAGUCUAACAGAACUCACGUCAUCAUUGUAACUGCGUCAGAUGGGUCCAACACAGCCUCAGCGACUGUCACUGUGACCGUCAAAGAUGAGAACGAUAACACACCAAAUUUGGGUUUCACCAGAGUUGACCUCGAGAUUUUCUCAAACAUUGUAGUAGGGACAUUGCUGUAUGAUGUCAACGCUACAGACAGAGAUGUUGGUGUUAACGGGGCAUUGAAUUACAUCAUUCAAAGUGGAAAUGACGACGGUCUAUUUAAUGUGGACAUUUCAAACGGAAAAGUAAAAACGACUAAACCACUGGAAUAUUCCAAGAGCUUUUAUACGCUUGUCAUCGCUGCGAUCGACCAGGGUAUUCCGCCACUUAACGGUACUGCUACUAUCGGUAUCACUGUAAACCCUGUAUCUCAGGCACCUUCUGGAGACUAUUCAUUUAGUGUGAAGGAGAACCAGCCUAUAGGAACCGUAGUAGACACUAUACCACCUGAGAAAGAUUGGACUGGAGACACGUUUACAAUAGUAAGCGGUAACUAUGACCGAACGUUUACGCUAACCAUUACUGGUGUUCUGAUCACCAAUAAAGUUUUAGACAGGGAGAAAUACGCCUAUUACGUCUUGGAGGUGUCUGUCGAACGUUACGACGGCACAUACGUCACUAAGAAAGUGGUUGUCAAAGUUGUUGACGUCAACGACAACUACCCCACAUUCGGUCAAUCAAUAUUGACGUUCACAACUGUAGAAAACGUUCCUGUUGGUCAAUUCAUUGGUCAGCUGACUGUCACCGACAUUGAUGAACUCAACAAUCCCAACAGCCAAUUUGACCUGGCCAUAGCCAACCAACAAGGCUCAACGUAUUUUGACUUGGAUCAAACGGGAACAAUAACCGUGAAACGAAAAUUCAGCUACGAGGUUUUCCCCUCCUUCAGCUUGUACGUCACAGCUACUGACCGUGGUGACCCCCAGCUGACCUCCACUGCCACUGUGAUCAUCAAAGUGACGGAUGUUAAUGAAACCAUCAUUCUUACAGCAUUCAACACGACAAGCUUCAUCUCCCGGGAAUUCCCACACGACGCUGCGGCUGGUGACGUCGUCUGUACACUGACCACGGCAGAUUUCGGCCUUGACACGUCGGUAACCAGGAAGAACGAGUUCACCUCUGUGGGCACUAACGUCUUCAAUAUCAAUAGCGAGACUGGCGCUGUGACUGUGAACCUACAGGAUCGUAUUUUUGAAAACGCCCGCUACUUCCAGUGGGUGAUCCUGAAGACUACGACGGUCAACGGCACCGUGUCUCAUGUAGGGCUGGUCAGACUGGACACUUUUAACAAGGACAAACACCUGGUGGCAGUUCUCGUUAACCAGGACCUGGCCACCAUACAAAGAGAUGACUUAGUACAUCAACUGCAGAGUUCCCUGCCUAGUCCACAAACUGUUAAACUCUGGGACAUUCAAGUGCCAACCCCUGCAGCAACACGCAGGAGACUGCUGGCCGCUGAGUCUGCGGCGUUGGUUGUGGUUUUAGCUGAUGGGUCAGCUGACAAUAUAUCCAACGUGGAUAACGCGAAACCGUUUCUUGCUCAACAGGAGGCAGUUAAGCUAUUGCAAUCAGCUGUAAGUGGUACCGUGUCAGAGGUCAUGCCCUACGUCAGCGAGGUGAAGGACGAUUCGGGUCUGUCCACGCCCAUCAUAAUUCUCAUCGUGCUGGCCUGCAUCACUGCACUCGCGAUCAUCUCCCUUGUCGUAUGGGUACUCAUCUACUGCUACGGCAUCCGCCGGAAACGGAACCAAGACUCAAAAACCCUGGUCAAGAAGAAGAAAAAGGAAAGAAAGACUCCAAAGUAUUUCUCUGCAGCUCCACCACUAGCCACGACUAAACCAAAACACAAAAAGGAGGAGAAGAAAGUGACAGUCACCACGGCAGUGACGUCGACAACCUACUCCACGCCAUCUGAGGGUAACGACAGACCCAACGCUGAGAGCCACUACAGCAACUACCACAAUUACGAAACGAUAGAGAAGCGUCAUGAGGCUGACCCUGAUCAAGACGGAGCCCCCACGCCAAUGAAGACAGCGACCUACAUCUCAUCCACUCUAAUCCCCAUCUUACACCUGGAGCCUAAAGAGUUAACUGAGAGUAAAGACAAGGAGAAUUCCAGUAAAGUGGACAUCGUUUUAAAAGUUGAGGAAUAUUCCGAAAUUAAAGAUGGCGAUUUAGAGAUGGUCAGUCAAGUUUAG